UUCUGGCUUGUGCAUAGGAGGUUUGGUCGUGAUGUUUGUUCGUGCAUUGCCUAUAACAAGAAAGUUGGUGAUUUCUAUUGAAGCAACAAGCCUGAAGAAUGAGUUGAGUGUAAUAGAGAGAAAAAUUGAACAUCUCUAAUUAUGGUUUAGCCAUCUAGUAUCCCAAGAAAAGAAAAGAAAAUUGUAAUUAUUGAUAUUAUUUGCUAAAACUGCUUUAGGACAUCAUCAAUUAUUGGGUAUUGACAUGAUUAGCUAUUAUAUUUCAAUUACGAGGUACUGGUGGGAAUUAAGUAUUUAUUGGUAAUUCUGAGUUAAACUAAUCUUUUGUCAAAUCUCGAUCAUUUUAAACUAACUUUUAAUUCCAAUCUCGUAAUACGAAGAAGAAGCUAGGUCUAUUUUAAAAGUCCUUUUCAACUAAUGUGGGUGAGAGUGAGUAGCUAGCAUUAGUGGAUCAGACGGAGAAGGUAAUUGUUUAGUUGACUGAUUAUUGGAAAUAAAACUUUAUUAGUUAUGACCAAUCAAAAACAAAUUUGCAGGGUCCUACAAUAUUCAUAAAAAAUCAUUUACACAUUAUUAUGGACCAAGUAAGUUGUUAUAAUUUGAUGUACUUUCUAUAUUUGACUUUUGACCGGCAGUAUUAGAAUUUAAUUAUGUCUAUCUGCCCCAUCAUGCCUCUCUAAUACCCUUGAUUGAAUAGUGAAAAAAAAAAAAAAAAAAAAAAAAAAAAACCACAUUUGUACUGGAUUUAAAAAGAUGCAUGAGCAUUUUGCUAGCUUCAUUUACUAAUAUAUAAAUUGUGUGGAUCAUCAUACACUAACUUUUUACAAUUUUAAUUAAUAGCAAAUUAAGACCUUUAACUAACUCUAGCCUUCCUGGCUAGCUCUCUGGCUAUAUAAGCUCUUCCCCUCUAUCUAUUCAAUCACAAGUUCUCUCUUGUUAAUUUCUCUGUGCUCAUUUUAAUCCAUCACAAGCUUAAUUUGUGUCUCCCUUCUGCUUAAAUAUAUAUAUAUAUAUAUUAUAAAAAAUGAUGAAUAUGGAAUCAAGCAGCUGCAGCAUUGAAAUGGGGGAGACAGAGACUCGUAGCGAAAUGAAAGGAAAAGCCCCUCUCUUGGCCACUACUAAAGCAGCUGUGGCGCCUAUGGAGCAUGCAAAUAAGGGAGGACUCGCGGUGGUCGGAGGAGGAGGAUAUAAUAAUAUAUAUAAGAAGAAGAAGAAGGGCUUAGCAAUAUUUGACUUCGUUCUGAGGCUAGCUGCCAUAGCAGCCGCUUUAGGUGCAACCGUCGCCAUGGGAACUACCGAUCAGACUCUUCCCUUCUUCACUCCGUUCUUCCAGUUCCAAGCCAGCUAUGAUGAUUUACCCACUUUUCAGUUUUUUGUGAUUGCAAAUGCAAUAGUGAGCUGCUACCUUGUUCUCUCCUUACCCUUCUCCGUGGUGUGCAUCACUCGACCACAUGCAGUAGGACCAAGGCUCCUUCUAAUCAUCUGUGACACCGUGAUGGUUGGUCUGAGCACCGCUGCUGCUGCGUCGGCUGCAGCCAUAGUGUACUUGGCUCACAAUGGAAAUUCAAGCGCUAACUGGCUCCCAGUCUGUCAGCAGUUCACUGAUUUCUGCCAGAGUGUCAGUGGAGCCGUCGUUGGAUCCUUCAUCCUUGUGGUUCUCUUCAUGUUCCUCAUUCUGCUCUCUGCUUUGGCUCUUCGAAAAUAA